GAAAGAUGUAUCAGACUGUGUUGGGUCGAGUUAUAAAGCCGUGUCUAACUUUAAAGGGCAGGAAGACAUCUUGCUUGACAUGCUGAGCUGAUUGUCAUCUUUGAUAAAACAUUUGAAGAAACGGGUCUCAAUGGACUGCAAAGCUCCGACACUGACAGGGGACAAACAGUGCCCUCAGGAGAUGAGGAUCAUCAUCCUGGGACAUGACUGGCUGGAGAAGAGUUUGACAGGGAACACCAUCCUCGGCCGAGAGUGUUUUGAUACCAGCAGAGAUGCGAAAGAGUGUGUUUGGCGACGGGGCGUUCGUGACGGCCGCAGAGUCCUCGUUAUUAACAGCCCUGAAAGGUGGAUCCACUACUCAGUCCAACAACCCGAUCUGAUGAAGGCCAACAUGUCGACCUGCAUGGACAUGUGCCCCCCAGGACCUCACGCCUUCCUCUUGGUCAUACCUGUCAUCUCUCACCGAGGCAGGGAGUGGACAGUAGAGGGACCUCUUGAGCAGCUUAGUGACAGAGUGUGCAGAAGCACUAUAGUGAUAUUCACCAGGUGUGAGAGACUGAGGGAGCUGUCUGUAGAGGCUAACACUGAAGGAUGCAAGUUUCUCAAGUCGGUUUUGGAGAGGUGUGGGCACAGAUACCACCUGUUAGACACAAGCAUGUGGAGAAAAGAUGAUAGCAAUCAGGUUAGAGAUCUUCUGGAGAAGAUAGAUGAUAUGGUUGCGGGAAACAUACGGGCAGGAGGACUUGGUUAUGUGACUACUGAGGAAGUUUGUAGAAUAACUGAGAGAGAAAAGGAGAAGAUAAGAGAGAUGGCGAGUCAGAGGCGAAUGGAAGCAGAGGUGGAGAGAGAUACACUCCGAUCUGAAAUCGGAAAAUUUCCAUCGAUUCCGUUGCUUCAGAUUGUUAUUGUGGGACCGAAGCAGGUCGGGAAGAGCUCAGCUGGAAACACCAUACUUGGUGAUGAAGUCUUUCCUACUGGACAUCCGACAUCACAGUCCACUAAGAGCCAUGCUAAUGUUCACAAUAAGCAAGUCUUUGUGGUUGACACUCCUGGCUGGCAUGGGAGAUACUGCCCAGAGGACACACCACGGGAGGUAAUGGAGAAGAUUACCCAUGGUGCAUCUCUGUGUCACCCCCUUCCUAAUGCUGUCCUGGUGGCCGUGCGGAGCGACGAGACUUUCACUGAAAUCGACCGGUCGAAAGUGGAGGAACACUUGACCUUCCUUGGAGUUUGGGGUUGGACUCGAACCAUCGUGCUGUUCACCUGGGGCGACAAACUGGGAGACACUCUCAUCGAGGAGCACAUCGAGAGAUGGCCUGCCCUUCAGUGGUUAGUUGACAAAUGCGGAAAUAGGUAUCACUUAUUUGACAACUCAGACACGGUCGGAGGUGUUCAGGAGCUGCUGGCAAAAAUUGAAGAAAUGGAGGUGAAAAAUGUCUCUGCUCACCUGCUGGAAAGCUUCAGGGAACUCCAGGAAAGCAACAGGAGGUUUGACGAAAGCUCCAAAAAGACUGCAAGACAGAUCAAGAAGGCAAGGACACAAAAUGAUCUCCUGAAGAAGACAGUUGAAGAGAAGGAGAGGACAGUAGACGACUUGGUGAGGACAGCUGAGGAGAAAGAUGAGCAGAUUGAAUCUCUGAAGGCAACAAUUGAGAAGGAGAGAGAGACCAGAGAGAGGGAAUUUGAAGAGUACAAAGAAGAGACUGGCAGAAGAAUAGAGGAGGUCGAGAUGGAGAACAGCCAGCUCAGAGAAGAUGUCAUGGGGAAAGACGGAAUGAUAUCAAUCCUGAAUGAAAGAUGUGUUCUGAUAGAUAAUGUGAUGAAUGCUGCGAAGCAAAUGAUUGAGGUGGAAGAGGGGGUGCGAAGAGAGGAAGAGGCGAGAAUGAAGGCACAAGAGUCAGGGAAGACGAAGGCUAAGGAGAAAGACGAAGAGCUCGACCAAAUGAUGAUGAAUCGCAUUAGAGAAGCAGAGGAGCUGAAAGAGACAAUUGAACAGCUGAUGAGGGAAAGUGAAGAUAGAAGGAAGGAGUUUGAAGCCACAAUCGAAGGGAUGGAGAGGCACAAUCGGAAGAAGUCACUGGAGAGGAUCGCCACACCACAGAAACAUCCAUCCACUGAGCCACUGAGCCACACUGCGGACACUGUUCAACCCAUUACAGAGACGGAACAGGAUUGGCAGCCAGUGUUGGACAACGGCGCCAUGCUUCCUGAGAAGAGAGAGGCUGCAAGUCAAGCGAGCCUGCUGGAGGCUGACUCGUCUCCGUCACGGCUGAGGGCUGUGGGCGCUGUGCUAGGAGCUGCAGCUGGGGCUCUUGCAGGGGCUCUGCUGGGCAGUUUACUGGUCCAAGGAGACACGUCCCAGUAGAGUUUAAUGAAGUCAAACUCUAACAGCAAGCGACACUUGAGAUGUCUUUAGACCGAUCAUGGACAUUUGUUUGACUACAAGGGGAUGCCUGGAUAAGGUUUGGGGAAAACUAUCUACGACCACCAUGCACCGUUUUCUGAGGAGCAUGUGCUCUUGUGGACUGUACCAGAACUUCAGGUGGCUGAGUUCUCUGUCCAGCUGUCUAACUUUUAAUACUUAAGUUAUGAAUCUAAUUACUCAAAAGCCACAAUAAUCAGAGACAUUUUAGGCAGUGAUCUUUAUUUUUUAAUAAUGUUUUUUUUAGCACACCAAAGCUGUUCAGGAAGCUUUUGUCACAGGAGAGUAACACGAGAUUAAAAGCUUCCCUUUGCUUGGUUUUGAGCUUGGCAACACUGAGUAAACUAUUCCUUGAUCACCUAGUAAAUCAGCUGAGAUGUAGCAAGGCUUGAGAUCAUUUAGAGCUGUACAGACAAGCAGUAAAAUCUAUUCUUUCACACUCCAGAAGCCAGCAUAGUCAUUUAAGGAUUGGUGUAUGUGCUCCACUCUCUUGGAGUCAGUUGGGACAAGCUGCAGCUGUCUGAUUGAUUUUUUAACCUGAGAAUUGUAGACACCAUCACAACAGUCUAACCUGCUGAAAAUGAACACAUGACUCAGAUGGUGUUGGUGUAAAUUUCAGUAUGAGGAGUUUUAACGCCGUCCCUGCUUCUGGUCAGACUGAAUGACUCAAAUGCAUCUCCUUAAACCGCCAGAAGAUGGUGCCAGUUGAUCUUCCUGAGCGACCAGUAGAGGUGGGACGGUGACGGAGCCUCACACUUUGAACAACCGCAGUGGAUCCAGUUGGAUAGUUGGUCCCUGCCAUUGUCAAUUUAACUGACACUACACAGUGAUUAUUAUUUUAUUCUUACUUUUCGAUCAAGCAAGGGUCUGUGAAGAGGUUUGAACUGAUAAACAAACAAUUAAAACA